AUGCGAUCACACGCACUCUUCCUCGCAAUAGUCGUGCCUGCGUUGGCCCUAGAUUGCAGCGAAUGCGGCGGCAACAUCUUCAAGAACAACAUCGAGAUCUGGAACGGCUAUCUUCUGCAGGUCGCCGGCCAGCUGGGUAUCAACAUCCAAAAUCCCUGCGUCCAGGGCUUGGACGUGUACAAGACGAUCGUAGAAGCGGGCGGAGGCAUGUGCGUGGAAUUCCCCGGGAAUAUUAGUAUUCCCGCGCCUGCAUACGCGUGCUAUGAUCAGUCGACGGUGAAGCAUAUGGUACGUGUUUAG